UACCCUGAGAAAACUGAUGGAAACUUUCUUCACGACCUAAUACUUAUUGCAGGCCCUUUCACCGACAUCGUCAAUGCUCAGUUGCAGCUGAAAAACCCAUCUGAGCGACAUGUAUGCUUCAAAGUGAAGACCACCGCACCGAAGCAAUACUGUGUUCGCCCCAAUUCGGGUAUUUUACCUCCUAACGCUUCGAAAAAUAUCACGGUCAUGCUGCAACCGUUGGAUGGCGUUCCCAGCGAUGUGGGUCGUCACAAAUUUAUGGUGCAGACAUGCUUCUGUCCUUCGGCUGAUGUGGACCUUGAUAAUAUUUGGAAGACGGUUCCUCCAAAUGAACUGAUGUACAGCAAAUUGAUGGUGGUAUUCCAACAACCUGAGUCUCAUUAUUCCGUGACGGCAACAGGUAAAGAAGAGGCUCCAUCGUCGGUGGCGUACAACAGGCAAGUGGUUUAG